AAUGGCCGGCACGGGCAUAGGACUAAUCAGCAUGGUAGAUCUCUACGUCUUGACGAAGAGGAGGCGAUUGUGUUUCAUAAUUGGAUGAUUUGGCAGAUCAACCAGCAGCUCAGGCGGAAAAGGGAAAAUAUCUCUGUCGCGGACUAUCAGACCUUUGGCGAGGAGCUCGUCAGUGAGUUGUGGAAAGGGCGGAUGGAUUGGGCUACGGCGUUGGAGCAUUUCUUCACCUUUAUCGGCCAGCAUGGAAGGGCGACGCAGAUCGGCGUGACAGCAUCUGCUCCUCCAGUGCCGCAUGCCGUCCAACAACCACAGCAGCAGCAGACCUCUGCCCCUGCUCCUCCGACCGCAAACAACAUCGAACGGCCAAAACAGGACACUAUGCCUUCACCUCCACACGCAACCGCCAUCAUCGACCAAGAGCGCGUGGCACAAAGAGAGAUUCUGAAGAACAGGUUGGAGAAAGUCGCAGGCGAACGGCCAGAGGCUGCCCUACAGUUGGCAUUUCGCCUGGAAAUCAAGAUUUACGGCGAAUCCAAGCACGAUCUUGCGAACUACCGGAGACUCAUCAAGUACGAAAGCGUCACUGAAACGAAGUUCAACAAGUGGUAUGAGGAGUGGAUGGAGUCUGAUAGUGGUGAGGAUAUGGAUAUUUCAGGUAGGCGCUGAGUAAUGAUGGAAUUGGAUUGACGGACGCGAUCUCAUGAUCGAGGAAUUAGUAUUGAGGAUCGCGAAGAGUAGAGGGACGAUGGGCAAGUUUGGGCAUAGAGUUUGGCGUUUUUGUUCUUUAUGUUGACAUUCUACUUUGUUUUCCGGGAUCAUUGUACUGAGCGCUUUUCAAAUCACUCUCCAUACUUUCUAGAAGUAUAAUGCAUCUAAGAAGC